AUGUCAAACGAAGACUUUGUGUCGUCGGAUGUCAGCGCAGCGCUUCAAGAAGCCCGUGAAUUCGUGACCAAAGGAAAACGGCGUGUAGCUCAGAAUGAACACAUUAUUGAAGAAUCCACCACCGUCCAGGUGAACAAAACCGGAAGUCGCACAGAUCCAGUUGAAGUUAUCAUCUCCAGGUCUAAGAAGUUUACUCAAGACUCGAGUGAUGAUGAAUAUAUUGCAGGUAAGCUUAUUUUUAAAUAUUUUAUGGUGUUUAGGCUCUUUGUCGGACUCGGAUUUGUUGCCAAGAGAAAGAACUUUGUCUUCGGCUUCAAGAAAAUCAUGUAAACAUUACUACAACAGUGACAAUGAAUUGGAAGGACUUCGCAAGAAUAGUACCCACAAACAUACGAACGUCAAGUACAGGAAAAAGAGAAACGAAAUGUGGACUAAAGACAACGAAAGGUUGUUAACUGACGGAUCUGACUCGGAAUUUGACGGAGAUCAAGCACGGUUAGAGGUUGAUGUGAAAGAAGAAUGUCUGGAGGAUGAUGGAGAAGGACAUGUUGUUAUUAAGGUAGGGUAACAAAAAAUAUGAGUUUCUUGUAAAGAUUGUGUAUUUUGAUCCUUUUUAAUUGUGAAACAGGGUUUACUGCUUUUAAUGUAGUUUUUUAGACGUGGAGUGCUAGAUGGACCGUCCAGCAUUAUGAUCUACUACCGGAAUGGCUACAAGACAACGAAUAUCUACGACACGGUCAUCGUCCACCACUGCCAAGUGUCGUAGAGUGUUUCAAGAGUAUAUUAUCUGUUCAUACUGAGACUGGUAACAUUUGGACGCAUUUGAUUGGUAAGUAAUUCAUAUUACUUUUUUUGUGGGUAAAUUUAUAUUUUUAACUCUACAAUUUAGCAAUUUGUUGAUACGUCAUAUCUAAAAAGGCCAUUUAAUUUUAUAUUUCAGGUUGUGUGGCAUUCUUCUUUUUGGCAUUGUGGUUCUUGACUCGGCCAGAUACUCAUAUCGGACUUCAAGAAAAAGUGAUAUUCUCCUUCUUCUUUGGUGGAGCCAUUCUCUGUUUAGGACUAUCGUUCAUGUUCCAUACAUUAUCGUGUCAUUCACUCAACGUUUUACUAAUAUUCAGCAAGUAAGUCAUUAAAUUAUGGUUUUUUAUUUUAGAUUUGAAAAUUGGAAACUAUGUUAUCAUAAUAACAUGUUAAACUUUGAAAACUUAUUGUAAUCCUUCUUGUUUAGACUUGAUUACAUGGGUAUAAGUCUGCUGAUUGUUGGUUCGUUUAUUCCAUGGGUUUACUAUGGGUUUUACUGCCGGCAAGAGCCUAAGAUAACAUAUAUCGCCAUGAUAAGCGUGCUCGGUGUUGGUGCUAUCGUCGUAUCAUUGUGGGACAAGUUCAGUGAGAGCCGGUAUCGUCCGCUACGUGCUGGAGUUUUUGUUUCUAUGGGAUUAAGCGGUUCGUUUUUUGAAAAUAUCAUGUAAAAACUUGGUUGGUGUGACUUUUUAUGUUUGAUUUUUUUUUAAAAUUAAUUGCCCAUGAUAGUUUACUGUAAACGACAUCAAUUCAAAACAUUUUCUAGGUAUCAUCCCAGCUGUUCACUUUGUUUACACAGAUGGAAUGAGUCAAAUGAUUGACGAAACCGGCUUCUACUGGCUUGUAGCAAUGGCAGCUUUAUACCUAUUUGGUGCUUUUUUGUACGCUACUCGAACGCCAGAGAGAUUCUUCCCUGGAAAAUGUGAUCUAGUCGUAAGCCUUAUCACUAACCUUUACUGCGUCAACUUGCUUAGUCUUGUCAGACUGUAGCUGAAGAUGUGGAUCGCUAUCUUGCCCAUGGGAUUGAAGAAUUUAAUUAUAGUUUGCGUUACAUAAGAUACAAUAACAAUUUUUUUCAGUUCCAAUCCCAUCAACUAUUCCACUUGUGUGUGGUAGUGGCAGCUUUUACCCAUUACUACGGUAUCUCCGAGAUGGCCAUGAAACGGCUGACUUCAGAGUGCCCGGCAGAAACCAACAUCUUCGAGGCCACAAAACACACAGAAUUGUAA